AGACUGAAGAGGAUUGAAGCUUACAAAAAAAUAAUUAAUUGGUUGGUCGGUUUUCUCGGUUUUUCGUAGUUAAUCUCAUUACUUUUGAAAGAAGCGCCGGGGAUCCAACACCGUUCUGUCUACCUGAGAAGUCUCUCGGAUUCUGGGGAUAUUACCAAGUUUGAUCUUUGAGCGUUUGACUUCAACCUUCUCUCCGGAUCGUACCAGCAGCACCGGCGGCACCAUGGCUGACGAAUCGGAUCAAUUCUUGCAGGUGGACAGGAAGUCCCAGCUCGAGUCGCAGGCCCAGACCUUCGACGGUAAAAAGAUGUGCUGGGUGAAUGACGAGAAACAGGGAUUUAUCAAGGGUGAGAUCAUCAGUACCAAGGGCGAGGAAUGCACCGUCAAAACCGCCACUGGAAAGCAAGUCACAUGCAAGAAGGAUGACACCCAGCAGAUGAACCCACCUAAGUUCGACAAGAUCGAAGACAUGGCUGGCAUGACCUACCUCAACGAAGCCAGUGUAUUGGAGAACCUCAGGCAGAGAUACUACUCUGGUCUUAUCUACACCUACUCUGGUCUGUUCUGUGUGGCUAUCAACCCAUACCGUAGGCUACCUAUCUACACUGACAAGGUCGUCAUGCUCUACAAGGGCAAGAGGCGUACCGAAAUGCCUCCCCACGUCUACUCCAUCGCUGAUAACGCCUACCACGACAUGUUGCAGAACCACGAGAACCAGUCCAUGUUGAUCACUGGAGAGUCAGGUGCAGGGAAAACAGAAAACACCAAAAAGGUCAUCCAGUAUUUUGCCAACAUUGCUAGUGUAUCCACCGGAGGCAAAUUGCAACAAGAGACGCCGGAGGGCGGGAAGAAGGGUAAUCUCGAGGACCAGGUCAUCCAGACCAACCCCCCUCUUGAAGCCUUUGGUAACGCCAAGACCAUCAGAAACGACAACUCUUCUCGUUUCGGUAAAUUCAUCCGUAUCCAUUUCGGCACAAGCGGCAAACUGGCUGGAGCCGAUAUUGAGACCUAUCUUCUGGAGAAGUCUCGUGUAAUCAGACAAAACGGUGUUGAGAGAUCAUAUCACAUUUUCUACCAGAUCACAUCUGGUUACAGGCAAGACGUGCUCGACACCCUACUGCUCGAAAAGGGUUGCAAGAGCUACAAUUUCAGCAACCAAGGAGAGACUGAAAUUGACGGCGUCAAUGACUCUGAAGAAUUCAAACUUACUGAUGACGCCUUGGAUAUCCUGGGCUUUACCUUCGAAGAGAAGAUGUCCAUGUACAAAAUGUGCGCUAGUAUCAUGCACUUCGGAAACGUGGAAUGGAAACAGAGACCACGUGAAGAGCAGGCUGAAAUUGAACAGACAACAAUCAUUGACAAGGUCGCCUUCCUGUUCGGCGUCAACAACCAGGAGUUGGUAAAGAACUUGUUGAAGCCCCGUAUCAAGGUCGGUAACGAAUACGUGUCACAGGGUCGUACCAAGGCCCAGGUCAUCUACUCUGUGGGUGCCUUGGCCAAGGCUAUCUACAACCGUCUCUUUACAUGGCUGGUGAACCGUGUCAAUAAGACCCUUGCCACCAAGGCUACCAAGGCCUUCUUCAUUGGUGUACUCGACAUCGCUGGCUUCGAGAUCUUCGACUUCAACAGCUUCGAGCAGAUCUGUAUCAACCUGACAAACGAGAAGCUCCAGCAAUUCUUCAACCAUCACAUGUUCAUCCUGGAGCAGGAAGAGUACAAGAGGGAGGGCAUCAACUGGACUUUCAUCGAUUUCGGUCUUGAUCUCCAAGAAUGUAUCACCCUCAUUGAAGGACCUAUGGGUGUAUUCGCCAUGCUAGAGGAAGAAUGUAUGUUCCCCAAGGCUACUGAUUUCACCUUCCUGGACAAACUGUUGAAGCAGCAUCAAGGCAAGAAGAUCCUCACCAAGCCAGGAGUGGGAGGACAGAAGAAGGAGAAGAAGCACCCAGUCCACUUUGAGAUCCAUCACUACGCUGGAACCGUCGACUACAACGUUGAGAGUUGGCUGGACAAGAACAAGGAUCCUCUAAACGAGGCCGUGGUCGAACUCUUCCGUAAAUCCACAGAUGAACUGCUCAUGUCCCUCUUCGCAGAAUCCGGACAGCCAGCUGGCCGUAGGGGAAGAGGUGGUGGACGCAAGAAGGGUGGUUCCUUCCAGACCGUAUCGGCCCUGCACAGGGAGCAGUUGAACCGUCUGCUGACUACCCUCUACAACACACAGCCUCACUUUGUCCGUUGCAUCAUCCCCAAUGAAAAGAAAGCCCCUGGUGUCAUCGACGCCCAUCUUGUACUCCAUCAGCUCGCCUGUAACGGUGUGUUGGAAGGUAUCCGUAUUUGCCGUAAAGGAUUCCCCAACAGACUGCCCUUCGGUGAAUUCAAACAGAGAUACACUAUCCUGGCUCCCAGUGCUGUCCCACAGGGAUUCAUGGACAGCCGUAAGGCUGCUGAUCUCCUGCUCAAAGCUCUGCCUCUUGAAGAGAACGAAUUCCGUAUGGGCCACACCAAGGUGUUCUUCCGCGCUGGUGUCCUGGGUAAGCUUGAAGAAUGGCGUGAUGACCGUCUCGCUGAGAUCAUCUCCAUGAUCCAGGCUCAGAUCCGUGGUUACCUUGCACGUAUCGAGUUCAAGAAGAUGCUUGACCAAAAGAUUGGUCUGGGUGUCAUCCAGCGUAACCUUCGCAAGUACCUGAUCCUCAGGAACUGGGGCUGGUGGAGACUCUACACAAAGGUGAAGCCUUUGCUGAACGUUGCCCGUGCCGAGGAUGAGAUGAAGGCCAAGGAUGACUUGAUCAAGAAAGCCAAGGAACUUCUCUUGAAGGAGAAAGAGGAGAGGCAGGCCAUGGAAGAGAAGAACGCCGACCUGCUCAAGGAGAAGGCCGAUCUUUUGGCUCAGCUCAACUCCGAGCAAGAAUCUGCUGUUGAGAUCGAAGAGAAAUUCACCAAGAUGAUGUCCCUAAAGGCCGACCUCCAGACCCAGCUAACAGAACUACAAGAGCGCCUUGAAGAGGAAGAGGACGCCGGAGCAUCCGUCUCUGCCGCCAAACGCAAGCUCGAGCAGGAGGCCGUUGAACUCAAGCGUGACAUUGAAGACCUCGAGAUCUCUCUCACUAAGUCCGAGGAGGAGAAGAAGCAGAAGGACGCUACGAUUAGGAGCCUGAACGACGACAUCGCCGCUCAAGAUGAGGUCAUUGCCAAGAUGUCAAGGGAGAAGGCCAACCUUGAAGAAGAACACUCCAAGACCUUGGACCAACUGGCGCAGGAAGAGGAGAAGGCCAACCAUCUCUCCAAAGUCAAGGCCAAGCUUGAAGCUUCUGUUGACGAGCUUGAAGACAAUCUUGAACACGAGAAGAAGAUCCGUGCCGACGUCGAGAAGGUGAAGAGGAAGCUUGAGGGUGACCUCAAGAUGACCCAGGAAACAGUUGAAGAACUGGAGCACGCCAAGCGCGAGAUGGAAGACGCCAUCAAGAAGCGUGACUUCGAGGUGUCUCAGCUCAACACUCGUCUUGAGGAUGAGCAGAGCCUGGUGGCACAGCUCCAGCGAAAGAUCAAAGAACUUCAGGCCCGUAUUGAAGAGCUAGAAGAGGAGUUGGAAGCAGAGAGACAGAAUCGUGCCAAGGCCGAGAAGCAGCGUGCUGAUGUAACACGCGAGCUUGAAGACCUUGGUGACCGUCUUGAGGAACAGGGAGGUGCCACCGCCGCUCAGAUCGAGGUCAACAAGAGACGCGAAGCCGAGCUUUCAAAACUAAAGCGCGAGCUUGAAGACCAGAUCGUCCAGCACGAGUCCGUCGCCUCACAGCUCCGCAAGAAGCACACUGAUGCCGUCGCCGAACUCACAGAGAACCUUGAGAGCGUGAACAGGAGCAAAUCAAAGAUCGAGAAGGAACGCCAGCAGUUGAGAGUAGAGCUUGAGGAUGUUAGCAGCAACGUUGACUACAUCACCAAGGCUAAGCUCAGCGCAGAGAAGAGCUGCCACCAGCUUGAGGCCCAGCUCAGUGAGGCCAACGCAGCUCUGGCCGAGCGUGACCGCGCCAUCAAUGACCUCCAGAACUCCAAAUCUCGCCUGGGUGGCGAGAACUCCGACCUGGCCCGCCAGCUUGAAGACCUUGAGAACCAACUGUCUCAACUCAACAAGACUCGUGCAUCCCUUGCUAUGCAGCUUGAGGAAUACAAGAGGAGCUCCGACGAGGAGACCAGGGCCAAGAACUCCCUUGCCUCUCAGCUCAGACAACUCCAGGCUGACAAUGAUCAACUCCGUGACCAGUAUGAGGAAGAAACUGAGGCCCGUGCCGAAGUCCAGCGCCAGCUUACCAAGGUUAACGGUGAACUCAACCAACUCCGUGCUAAAUUCGACGGUGAGGCCGUCCAGCGUGCCGAGGAGCUCGAAGAGGCCAAGAGGAAACUGAUGAUCCGUCUUGCCCAGGUUGAGGAAGAACUCUCCACCGCCCUCUCCAAGAACGGCAGUCUUGAGAAGACCAAGGCCCGCUUGACUGGUGAGGUCGAAGACCUACAGCUUGACCUUGAGAGGGCCAACCAGCUCUGCGCUCAACUCGAGAAGAAACAACGCAACUUCGACAAGGACCUUGCAGUCUGGAAGGAAAAGUGCGAGUCCCUCGCUGUCGAACUUGACAUGUCCCAGCGUGAGGCCCGUACAUACAGCACCGAGCUCUUCAAAGUCAAGAACCAAUACGAGGAAAGCCUUGAGGUUAUCUCCAACGUCCGCCGUGACAACAAAAGUCUCCAAGAUGAGAUCCAGGACCUUACCGACCAGCUUGGAGAGGGUGGCAAGAACGUCCACGAGCUCCAGAAACUCGUCAAGCGUCUCGAACUCGAAAAGGAUGAGCUCCGCGUCGCAUUGGAGGAGGCCGAGGCUCACCUCGAAGCCGAGGAAGCCAAGGUCAUCCGUGCUCAGCUUGAGAUCACACAGGUCAAGCAGGAGUGCGAACGCCGCAUCGUUGAGAAGGAUGAAGAAUUCGAGAUCACCCGCAAGAACCACGAACGUUCCAUGGAAUCCAUGCAGGCUAGCUUGGAGGCUGAACUCAAAGCCAAAACUGAUGCACAGAGGCUAAAGAAGAAGCUGGAGGGUGAGGUCAAUGACUUGGAAAUCCAGCUCGACCAUGCCAACAGGAACAGUGCCGAAGCCAUCAAGACCAUCAAGAAGCUCCAGAUCCAAAUCAAAGAACUUCAAGUCCAAGUCGAUGAAGAGAGCCGCGCCCGUGAGGAUAUGCGUGACCAGCUCCAGAUCACUGAACGCCGCUGCCAGAUCUGCAUCCAGGAACUUGACGAAGUCCGCACCACCCUUGAGACAUCUGAACGCACCCGCAAGCUCUGCGAAGCUGACCUUUCUGAUGCCAAUGACCGCCUCGCCGAUACAUCUGCCCAGAACCACGUCCUGAGCAACCAACGCCGCAAGGCUGAGGCUGAACUCCAGACCCUGACUUCCGAACUCGAGGACGCCAUCAAUGAAGCACGCAACAACGACGACAACGCCAAGAAGGCAAUUGCUGAUGCCACCCGCCUCGCUGAUGAGCUCCGCACCGAACAAGAACACUCCGUCCAAAUCGAGAAGUUCAGGAAAUCUCUGGAAAUAAACCUUAAGGAUAUGCAGGUCCGUCUUGACGAGGCCGAGGCUGCUGCACUCAAAGGAGGAAGGCGCACCAUUGAGAAACUCGAGGCCAGGCUCCGUGACCUUGAGGGAGAGUUGGAAAGUGAAGCUCGCCGCCGCUCCGAUGCCGAGAAGGCUGUCCGCCGCCAGGAGCGUCGCGUCAAGGAAGUGAUCUUCCAGUCUGAGGAAGACCGCAAAAUCACAGAACGCAUCCAGGAGCAAUGUGACAAACUCACAGUCAAAUGCAAGACGCUCAAGAGGCAACUAGAGGAAUCUGAGGAGAAUGUUAACCAGAACCUGGCCAAGUACCGCAACGCACAGCGCGACUUGGAGGACUACGAGGAACGUGUAGAGCUUGCAGAAACACAGGUCAACAAGCUCAGAGCCAAGCAACGCAGCCAAGUCACCACAUCGUCCCGUGUUUCCUCGGGUGGCUACAAUCCGUACAGUUCUUUUCGGCGCAUCUCUAGGGGUAGCUCAGUACUUAGUGCAUUUUCCGCAAGGGGGGACGUCUCCACCCCAUCGCUAAGAGGGGACUUGAACCACGAAACCAACCACCAAGCCAAGCAAGAGUAACACCUUCAUCGUAGCUAAGCAACAUAAACGUUAUCAUCUAUUUUUCCGCGUUGUGUAUUCAGUCUUCUUUUUUUUUCUUUGCAAGGUGAAAGGGAUUUUUUUAUAACUUAUAUGUGGUUUUAACAAAAAAUGUUGAUUCUCUCUGUGAGGCUUGUACGUGAAUCAUAGACAUGCAUGGUUAUAUUCUGUUCAUCAGUGGCAAACAGACUAUUGAUUCAUUUUCAUCGUGGAAUGAUGAACUAUUUUGGAGAAAUGUGCUUGCUGUUUCAGCUCGCCAUCUUCUCUCCGCCCUCCAAUGAAAUGGAGCUUGAUUUUUGUAACUUUAUCAUCAUUAGAUAUACUUCUAGGUACAGGAACAUUCAAUUCAUUUGCGUCUUGUCAUCAAUUUAUUUAAUUUGUAGAAAUAUAUGUGUAUUUAUAUUUUCGAGGAGAAAGCCCUUUUCUUUGUUUGGCACUUUGAUAAGUUGAAAGCUAGAAGAAAAUGGAGGCUACGGAGCCUGGCGUUCCUGUAAUAUGUGCAUUAGACAAAGUUUAAUUUAUUUCAUCAUAUUUAUAGUUUACUACGAAACAUUAUAUUAUGAUUAUGAGAACUAUGUAGUUUUAUUAACGAAAUUAGAUUCGCUACUGUUAAUCCGGAAGGAUUGCUAUAAAUAAAAUUUAAGGUUGAGUGAUAUUAAAUCUCGUAUUUGAUUUGAAACGAUGAGAAAAAUAUUGCAAAAUAAUGAAAUGAGAAUGUGUGGAGCUGACACUGUAUUUUUCCUAACGUGUGCGAGUGAUGCAUUCAUUUUUUUUUAUUCACAAUUUUAUUUUCACCAACACUUCGCAAAGAAGGAAAAGUCACGUGUUAAAUGUCAUGUGAUGAAGGAAAGAGCUUCUUAUUGGUGUGAUGGGGACAAUGCAUGGUGCCCAGUUCUGCCUCUGAUAGGCUGAUGUCAGGUCGGAGCCUUCCAGAUAUCGACUGGCCGCACUUACGUCAUUCAUUUGCAGACCAAUCAGCGUCGAGUAAUCGACACAUACUGAUGAUAUGCAAUGCAUUGUGACUUGUCUCAUGAAUUAUUCAUCAUGUCAUUCAUAUUCAAGUAUGAAGAAGCCACACUCACACUCACGUUGAAUGAAGUAAGCAACUAAUUUUUAAAUCGAAGGUGAUUUAAUAGUGGAUCAACCGAUACAUUUUCCCACUGUCCACCUUGUGUAUAUCAAACCUUGAUGGAUGGAAACUGAACGUGAUAUAUUUUUUACUAUUCUAUAUCGUGUAAUAGCGUUGAUAACUAUCAAACCAUCAAUGAAACGUGAAAGAAAGAGAGAGAGGAAAAAAAGAAGAAAGCAGACAUUCAUUAAAACUAUACAUAUUCUGUGAAAGACGUUUUCAAAGAUCAUGUUUUUCUGUCUGACCACUGGCAUGAUUCGAACGGCACGAUCCUCUGAUUAUGACUGCAUCUUGAGAUCAUGAAAUGAGCGCCAUGCAUAGCACACCAAUACUAAUUUCCUUCUAUAGUAUAGUCAUUUUCCUAUCCUAUUUAUUACUUAUAGCGGCAAAUUUUGUUCCCUUCCAUUUCAUAUCGUCAACGUGUUGUUCUUCCAGUGCUCUUUUAUAGACCCCAAAAUUGUUUUAGAUGAUAAUUGUUUUAGAGCUCAUGUCUUUUAUUUUCUUUCCUUUGACAACAUUUCCACAAAAAAGGCGGGAAACGCAAUUGAGCUACUACUAUUGAUUAGCCACCCGUGUGUGUACAUAAAAAAAUAAAAAUCCUCCUCAUAUCUUGGUAGUAUUGUGUGCGGCAUGGGCUUUAAUCAUGUACUAAUGUAGGUGCCGAUGUGUGCCAGAAAAAAACCUUAUAUGAGGAAAAAUACUUUGUUUUACCAAACAUGCGUAAAAAAAGAAACAAAGUACCUGACUUGCAACGAUACGAAACGGUUCCCUUUGUGAUGACUUCUUGAAGUAAAACGAAGCCUCAUCUUAUUAUCUUUAUUUUCUCCUCUAUUUGUAAACUCAUGCUUUCAUUGUCAACACCGAAUACAAAAAAUAAAUAUGUUUUGAGUUG